AUGGGUUGCGGAGCGUCGUUUAACCCUGCUGCACACGAAAGAAUCAAUUCUAACGCAGUCAUUGCCAUUACGUCAUCAGCAAUAACACAACAAGAACUGAUUAAAUCCAAUCAGAGUACACCAGCCAUGUCAUCAGCCACAAUAAAUGUACUUAUUACUUGUCAUCAAAAUGAAAAAAACGUCGCUGACCGACUGCGAAGUCAAUUAAUAGAUCUUAAAUUUAACUGCUAUGUUCUCGUUGAUGCGAUGCCUCAGUCGACGGUGGCCCGGGCGAAUCUCAUCCAAUGGUGUGAUGUAUUCAUUUCUAUCAUCAGCCGAUCAUAUCAACGAGCAUUAUUUUGCAUGGAAACUAUUAACUAUGCAAAAUAUCACGGCAUACCAAUCGUUGUCAUUUUAGCUGAAUCAAAUUUUCAACCAUAUGGAGCUUUAGGUGUCAUUUCAGCAGGUGCUGUUCACACUAUGCUACUUGACGAUGACGGUAUAUCAGAGAAUGUUCUAGCACAGUUAUCGGAUGCUCUUGCAAAUCAAAAGAUUAAGAAAAAUAGCAAAAAUGUCACUGAUCCAGCUAAAAUGGAAGCUAAUAAUGAUAAAGUGAAUUUGAUUCAUGGUGAAACUCAAUGCACUAUUCUCAUCUGUACAGUUGAUGAUGGUGCCGCUGUUGCACAGUUGGUCUACGAAGAUUUCGUCUCGAACAAUCUCAAUGUAGAAUUCGAGAAUCUUUCACAACCAAAUGCAGCAUGUAGUGUGAGACAAUGCAAUGUCCUCGUACCGAUUUUGACAGCGCGAUUUGAACAAACACCUAUGUGUCGAGGCGCACUUGAAGAAGCUCGUCGACUUCAAAAACCUAUUGUACCUGUUAUAGCAACAAAAGAUUGGCGGCCAGAAGAUUGGCUUGAUCUAACGAUUGCUGGAUGCGAAGUUUUUCGUAUAUUUGAUAAUGAAAGUGCAUACGAAGCAUUCUUGGAUAGUAGUCGUAUGAGUGGUCUACGUGCCGACGUUACAAUGAGAUGUCGACCAGUGCCUAGUCGAGCUGAACGUGAAAAGGCGGAGAUCAAAUCAUUGAAAGAGAAAAUUCAAGAAUGCAAAGGCAAAUUAAAAACGUGGCCACCUGCUCAUAAACUACGUACAUUGAGUAUCUUAACUGAUCGGCAAGCUGUUCGUGUCACAUUAUCUGAACUAAAUGCACAACCUGAUGUUACUCAUAUGCACGAGACAAUUAGUCGUUCGGAUAUAAAAGCGCCGGCGCCAAUGGUCGACGAAUAUGGAUUUUCGAAACGACGAGAAGUUGAUUGCAUGAUCAGUUAUGAGUGGGAUAAUCAUAAACUUGUUCGUCAAAUUUACGAAGACAUGACGAUGCGUGAAAUCCGUGUAUGGUUCGAUAUUUGGGGCUCAAUGCAAGGAAAUGCCAGUGAGACAAUGGCUACAGGUGUGGAAUGCGCAAAAGUAUUACUUGUGUUUCUAUCGAAAGCAUAUACAGAGUCACCCUAUUGUCUAAUGGAAUUUCGAUACGCAGUGAAACGGGGAAAGGCGUUUGUUGUCCUGCGAACAGAACCAAACAUUCAACUCGAUCAAUGGAUGCUUGACGCAAUUCAAGGAUUUCCUGAAUAUGAAAUUUAUUCAUAUAAUGCUCUAGAAACAUUAAUCAACGGAGUUUCAACGAUUGAUGUGAUAAUGCAAGCUGUUCGCUACGUCGGUCAUGCCCAACCACGGUAUUUGGUUGAUGAUUGUUCGGCUGAAUUAUUUUGGUUACGUUGUUUAUUUGAUGAUGCACUGAAUGCUAUCAGUGUAGAAAGCGGACAAAGUCGUUUCAAAACGUGUACUCGUUGUGGUCAACAAUUCGAGGAACACACGGAAGGCGGAUGUAAAAAUCAUCCAGCACACUUUAUGGAUGGAGCUAUUUUAGAAAGUCGAUGGGUCUGUUGUCAACAACAAGGAAAACGCGCGCCCGGGUGCAAUCCCUGCAAUCACACUGAUGUGGUUCGUGUAUUUACCCAAAAUCCAUCAGUCGGUACAUGGGCGUGGGUACCAACUUAA